AUGGGCUGCAUCGCUAGUUCGCAGCGUGUUGAUGUAAUGACAAUGUCAACCGGCUCAUGGCAAAAUGCAAACAAUAAAGAAACAGUGCUUGCUGCCCUCGUACGGUUGGAUCAAGAUAUUAUUAAUAGUGAAAAGCUAUAUCCAGCUCAAAAACUGGCAGUUGUGUCUGCUAAUCUUGAAAGCAUACAGCAGGAAAUUAAAACUUUCGAAGAAACCACAAGUCCAACGAAUAACUUGGAAUCUUAUGCCAAGACUAUGCAUCAGAUCUUCGUCAAUUUAGACCUGUACAGACGUCCGAUAUUAGCGACAGAAAAUGAAGAUUUUGUGGCUAAUGUUAACAGAAAGGAAAUGCGUAAGCUCGAACUGAACUGGCUCCGUGUUCGAGAAAAAGACUUACAAAGUGAAAGACGAGGAUUACACGCACGGCUGUUACGUAUACGGUCUUUGUAUACGCAGCUGCAGCAGUUGUUAAGUUGCAUUUGGACUGACAAUAAACGUCCUGGAACAUCAUUAGAAGGCGCAUGUGAGCGUGCUCGGGCGUUGCGCGACGCGCUAGCAUUGGUCAGCGCUCGGUUACGAGCUUCUGCGGAAAGUGUUCACUCCGCGCUGAGGCUGCUGGAUGAUGCUCUGCCGGUUUGGAAGUUAGCUUCGGUGGGGAAAAGUGGGUGGGAGCGCACGCGCGCGUGCUCGGACGCGUGCAGAUUGUUAGUGCACGCGCGCUGUAGCGAGCGCGACGCGCGCCGCGUGCUCGUCGCCACCGCCGCGCCGCGCGCCGCACGCGCUCUCCGCCUGGCCUUGGACUACGCAUUUACUGACACCAUGCACGACCACAAGUAUAAAAGAGCAACAGAAGCGUUUGUGCAGUUUAAGGAAGCCUUAGUCCAGUUAGUCAAUUCUAUACACCAGGUACUCCUCAACAACGUUGAAAACUUAGCAAUGGCUGAAAAGGAUCUACAAGAAAAGAGGCGACAACUUCGAGCAGAGAGGGUUAAUGAUAUUGUCAAAAGAGGUUUAGCUGACUUGCAGUACGAGUCAUCUGCGCUCGCUAGUUUGAAACAAAAGGCUAGAGAAUAAUUCGCUAACAACAUUACACGUUGUUAAAUAAAUGUAAUUUUAAUGUUU